AUGCCUCUCAACUUUGCCUCCGCCUCCGCCUCCACCUCUGCCGCGCCGAGAUGGGAUCUCAACGCUGCCGACGAUCCAGCAGAUUGGGAGGAUGACUUUUCCUAUCUCAAGCCUCUGGAUGCCGCUUUGCGGUGCGAGCUUUGCUUUGUGAGCACUUUCACGAGUGCUCACGUCUCUUGACGAGCUCCGCGUCGGGACGGAGUCCAUUCGUUUCGCACAAUCGCGACAGGUGGCGGUGUACCUUGCGGCUGGGAACAAUGCUCUGGCACGUAUGCUGACCCACGAACGCCUCGCUCGCUGUGCGCAGGAUGUUUUCAGAGCUCCCGUCUCGUUGCGCUGCGGCCACACGUUUUGCUCGACAUGCGUGCGCAACGCCAUCAAUCAAGGUGGCGCAGGAGGACAGGAAUGCCCAAAGUGCAGAGCAAAGGCGCAGGACUCUCAUCUGACACCACAGAUUGCCCUCGAGACGGCGGCCGAAGCUUGGAGGGAUGCUAGGUAAGCUUUGCUGAUUGGGCACGAUUGGUGGAUCAGCGACGUGCAUCUGACUCUCCCCUCAUACUAGGGCGCGGCUUUACGACUUGCAGACCGCACGCAAAGCCGCUGCAGAAGAAGCCAAGUCAGGACCUGCUCCGCCUCGCGGCCUCAAACGCAAAGCGAGCGAAGAGCCGAAUACGUCUACCUCGAGUUCUCCGACCGCUCUCUCACCACCCAACAGCUCCCUGCGUCAGACGAGAUCAUCAUCACGAAGGCAAGAGACGAAUCCUGCUGGUCCAUCCUCCAAGCCAGAGUACGUCGUCGUCUCCGAUGACGAUGACGGGGACGUGUCUUAUGUGCCCUCGAAUCACGCAUCACCCAGCAAGCGUGGCAGUUCUUCGCAGAAGUCCCCGGCUAAAGCCCCUCCUGAAGCUGACGCCAGUGAGAGGGUGCAGUGUCCUUUGUGCACUCACACUUUCACGCUCGCUGCCCUGAAUCGUCACUUGGAUCGAGGAGUACCUUGCUCGCCAGACGAUCCGCCUCCUGUUGCAGCUGAAAGUGGUCUUGCAACGCCAAGAAGCACGAUGAGCACGGGCUGGUUCACUGCCAAGGCACAGGGCAAUGGCGCCAGCAUUCCCAAGGGAGCCAAGCUCGUCCGCCCUCCCUACGUCUCCCUCAGGGAAAAGCAGAUCCGGGAGUUGCUGAUGGAACACAGGCUAAGCAUUGCGGGAAGCAAGGAAAGAAGGAUAGAGAGACAUCGGCAUUGGGUCAAUAUUUACAACGCCAAUUUGGACGCUUCCGAAAGGAAUAGAAGGACUGUAGCACAGUUGAGGAGGGAGAUGGAGGAGUGGGACAAGGGACAGGACGAUGCGGAGCGACAGAAAGCGCGAGGCGGUGCCAUCUCGGAGAAGCGAGCCAAGGAUUGGGCGGUGAGUGAGACAUGCAAGUGCGACUGCUGAUGCGAAGAAUUGCGAACUCUUGUUGAUUAUGGGCUGUCUACGGCUGCAGGGUCACCACAAUGCUCAGUUUUCCGAGCUCACUGCAGCUGCGAGAGAUUCUCACAGACGCAACAGAGAGGCGCAUCGCUCCUCUAAUCAGGUCGACUCUGAGAGCGGGCGACAACUCGACGCCCCCGUGCCAACCUUGGCACCGGGGGCCGACUCCUGUGCAGAGACCUCUGUAUAG